AUCAACAAAGAAAAUUUAGAUAAAAACAACAACAGUAAUAACAAGCUAGAAAAAAAAUAAGUGUUUUAAACAAAUUUAAAAUCAGUUUAUAUUUAAAAUAAACGUCUGACAUUUCUUGUGAAAUUAGUAGACUCCGAGAAAGGUUCGCAACAGCAUUGACAGCGACAUUAAUUAAUACCAACCAGCAUUUUUAAUAUUUAAAAAUAACUACAAAAAAAGAAUUAACAUUUAAAACUUUCCGUCAGCUGAGAGGUUUGACUACAAGCCAGACAUUCAAGAGCCAAAAACUAUAGCAACAACAUGGAUUUCGAAAGAGCUUUAGAAAAGUGCGGUAAUUAUGGUCGUUAUCAAUUGGUGGUGCUCCUGUUGUAUGGCUACACCAAUCUCAUGUCCUCCAUGCACUAUUUCUCACAAACCCUCAUCUCAUUCACACCCGACUACUGGUGCUAUCACGAGCAGCUGCAAAAUAAAACAUUUUCCGAAAUCAACAACAUUUAUAAGAAUUUCUCAAAUCCUCAUUGUACUUUGCUGGAGUUCAAUGAUGGUGUAUUUGAGAAAGCGGAAGUGGGAGUGUGUCGUAAGUGGUUUUAUAAAAAGGAAAAUGGCUACGAAAGCAUAACUACUGAGCUAAACUGGGUUUGUGACUCAGCUUACCAAUCGGCAGUGGGUCAAUCAUUUUAUUAUUUGGGUGCUGUUGUGGGCACCAUAACCUUUGGUGUCUUGGCUGAUCGUCUGGGCCGGUUGCCUGCCAUUAUUUUGAGUACUUUGUCGGGUGGUUUGGGAGACUUUUUAUCCUCGUUUGUCAACAAUGUGGGCAUGUUUGCUGUGAGCCGUUUCAUUUCCGGCUUAUCAACGGAUACAUUUUUUAUGCUUAUGUAUAUAUUGGCCUUUGAAUAUCUUGAUCCUAAGAAACGCACCUUUGGUCUCAAUAUUAUAACGGCCACUUUCUAUUGCACGGGUUGCAUAUUCUCCCCCUGGUUUGCUUUGUGGGUUAAAAGCUGGCGUUAUUAUUUAUUAAUUGCCUCACUGCCAGUACUGCUAGUGUUUGUAUAUCCUUUGGCCACUUGUGAAUCGGCCAGUUGGCUGUUGACUAGAGAAAAAUAUGAUCGGGCUGUUAAAUGUUUAAAACGUGUGGCCAAAUUCAAUGGCCGCCAGGUGGAAGAGAAAGUUUUCGAUGAGUUUGUGGAGUAUUACAAACAAAAGGCCAUAGAGGAGCAGAAAAUUAAAAAUGAUGAUACAUUUUGGGGCAUGUUUAGGACACCGCGUCUAAGGAAAUUUACCAUUAUAUUGCUGGUCAAAAGUGUCAUCAUAACCAUGGCUUUUGAUAUUAUAUCACGUAAUAUGGAGGGUUUGGGUACUUCACCCUUUAAACUGUUCUCCUUUUCUUCAAUAGUUUAUGUGCCCGCUGGUCUUACCAUUAUUGCCUUUCAAAAUAUAAUAGGACGCAAAGGUAUGGCCACGGUAUCCUUAUUAGGUGGCAGCAUAAUUACAGCUGUUACUGGUUUCCUAAUAGCCUUUCUGGAUCCCAAAUCAAAUGCUAUAUUACUGGCCAUAAUGGUGGGCUUAGGUCGUUAUGGUGCUGUGGUGGCCUACGAUGCUGAGGUUCAAUAUUGCACCGAAAUUGUGCCCACCAGUGUGAGAGGUCGUGCUGUGGCCAAUAUACAUGUGUUGGGUUAUGCCUGCAGUUUCUUGAACUCAUAUGUCAUUUAUUUGGGCAAUUAUUACCAGCCCUUGCCUUCGAUUUUCAUAAGUGUCAUAAUGUUAAUAGGUGCUGGUUUGUGUCUAUGUCUGCCAGAAACUUUAAACAAAAAACUCCCAGAAACUUUGAGUGAUGGCGAAGCCUUUGGUCUCCAUGAGAAAUGGUAUUUCUUUCCUUGUUUUAGUAGGAAAUCAACACGUAAUGAAAACACAAUUGAUGAGAAAAAUAUUGGUACAAAUACUAUAGAUAUAACGCAUUUGUAGUUUAAUUAGUUUUAAUUUUAAAUAGUAAUUAGUUUAUAU